AUGCUGUCUCCGAAACAAACUGCAACUGCCAGGACACGGCGCCCGCUAGCCUGCGUGCUGUGUCAACAACGCAAGAUCAAGUCAAACCGCCAGCAACGCCGUAGAUUUCCUGAGAGAGAGCUUCUGGCGCGCCUGCGACACUAUGAGGGCUUGCUCCGCCAACACAAUGUCAAGUUCGACCCUCUCCAUACGCGGGAUGGCCGCGAGAAGCCACCGGAUGGCGUACAGUCAGAGGGAAUCAUUCCCGAGGCGGACACGACAGAGAAGAACGCCGGUGUCGGGUCUAGGUCCGUGGACAUUUGGCGUGCCAUGGGUCAAAAGGGGGAUCCCAAGGAUGGUGAUGAUGGAAACGACGGCGAAGACGAUGAAAACGAUAGUGGUUUCUUGCAUGCCAAUGAUGAUAUCUGA